GUGGGAGCCAGGACUCCUGGGUUCUAUCCCUAGCUCUGGGAAUGGGGUGGGAAUCCCAAAUCUUGGCAGAGAUUAAAAUGACCCAGGUUUUUGAGACUAAAGCCCGAGGCCUGCUCAUCUGGGGGUAGUGCGCCCUGCAGGAUGCCCACCAGAAGCAUAGUUAGAUGCCAGGAAAGAGAGCCAUGCGCCUAGGCCGUUGGUUGGGAUAGAACGUUUUCCUUUGUGCUUUGUUCCUGUGGUUCAGUAGUUGAUACCUGGGUUUGACGAAGGCUCUUAGGGGUAGCUGUAACCCACUAGUUACAGGCUCCCAGAGGGAAGAUCUGCUGGUACCUUAACCCAGCAGGCCCGGGAUGGGCCCAGAUGUGGCCCAGCACCCAGGCCAAGAGUAGGAGAAUCACAAGAUUCCUCCUUGAGAGAGGCGAAGGCCAGAGACCUGAGGAGGUUGUGCUCAUAAAGAAAAGGGGUUUCCCACUGUUUCCUGUUUCCCGCUCCCCGCCUCCUGGAGCCUGCUGGUCUCCCUGGCCUGAGGCCAGAUCAGAGCUUGGAGAGGAAAGGCCCUUUGUCCCAUUCCUCACACCCAUGAGCUAGCCAGUCCCCCUACCUGGGGCUGGAUCAGAGCCACUGCCCCAAAAUGGGGAUGGGGAAAGGCUUGUGUCCCAUUCCCCAACCCCCUAAACCAGCCAGUCUAUCUGCCGUAAGGCCAGAUUUGAGCUAGGGCCCCCUAUAGGAGAAAAGCCCCAUAUCCUGUCCCCAAGCCCCCCUGAGCUAGCCAGGCCCCCUGUCCUGGGACUAGAUUGGAGUUGGUGCCCCUUAUAGGGGAAAGGCCCCAUGUUCCAUUUCCUGCCCGGUGGCUGGAUUGGAGCUGAUGUCCCCUAAAGAGGGAAGGACCUACCCCUCUGAGCCAGCUGGUCCCCCUCACCUGGUGCUGGAUGGAAACCAGUGCCUCCUAGAGGUGAAAGGUGCUGUAUCCUAUUCCCAGGCCUCCUGAGCCAACCAGUCUCCCACUCAGGCCAGACUGGAGCUAGCUAGCACCAUCUAGGAAAAAACCCAUGUCCCAUUCCCAGGCACCCUUGUGUAUCCCCAGGAUGGGUGGGGGGUGUCUAUAACUCAGAAUCCGACAGCCUGAGAAUCUGGGCUGUGUUUAUUUCCCUCCAAGGUGCCUCUCCCUCCCUCCCCUUUAUGGUGUCCAAUUAAAUCUUAAAACAACUCAGGCAAACACACAGCAGCCUCUCAAGAGGAACUGGAGGCCCAUGUUCUCACGGGGCCCAGCUGGGACUGAUAAGCUGGGACCUUCCAGCCCCUGGGAAACUCCUGCCCGUGAUGUCUGUGACGGGGUAAGUGACAGAUCCUCAGGUAAUGGAUGAGGGGCCUGUCUCUCCCAGAAGAUUAAUGAAUCUGCUUAUCUGGAGCUUUUAUUAGUCUGGGGAAUUUUGCCAUCAUCAGAGCAGGUGACUCUGUUCCGUAGUGAUCCAGAUGGGUCAUGUCUGCCCUUUAAGGUGGUGCUCCAGGGGCUAGGCUGCUGGCCUGGGACUCAGGACAGCUGGGUUCAAUUCCUGGCUCUGCUGCAAAUUCUAUGGGUGAUCAUCCACUCUGUGACUCAGGUUGCCUGUCUGACAAAUGGGAAGAAUAAUCCUGCCUUUGUCCAUGACUGCAAACUCUUAAGGGCAGGAGACUGUCUCUCACUCUGUGUCUGUGCAGUGCCUGGCCCAAAGGGGACCCCAGUCCCAGCUGCGGAUUGUGGAGCACUCAGAACAACAGAGGCCCCAGUCUCAGUCAUGGGUCUGUGCAGCACCCAGGAUGACAAGGGUGCUGAUCCCCAUUGUGGGUCUGUACAGUGCCUGGCUCAAUGGGUACUGUGUGUCCACCCAUGAAAGCAGCUGGCAGGUCUCUUGUCCCAUGGGUCACCUAUGGCACUGGUCACAAAGAACCAGGAGGAUCUGUCUGCCAGUGUGCAAGGGAGUUUGCCAAUCUGUGCACCUUCCAGAAUUGCCCCAGGCAGGGAGCAGAUACUGGGUGGGUGGAGGGAAUAGGCCCUUAAAUACCUUGUGGGCAGAAGAGUGGAGUUUAGUGAUUAAAGCGGGGCUGCUGGGAGUCAGGAUUUCUAUUCCCAGAUCCAUGGGCGGGGAGGGACUGGGAAGAGCCAUGACUUCCCCCCAUGCCUCCAGGGGAACAACUCCCUGCACUGGGGUAUGCAACUCUGUGCAAAGACCCUAUGAGUCCCUGGAACUCUGCUGUGUCAAAGGGGCAUGAAAACAGGCCCUGAUAAUGCCAGCGAGCAGAAAACAAGAGGCGCGGAGUGGCUGGGGUGGGGGCUGGAGAUUAAGGGCUGAAUGGAGGCAGUGAAUGGGCCAGGCAGCACGGGGGGGGCACAAAUCCUUUGGACGCAUCGAGACGUGAAUAUAGGAGCAGACACAGCACUUGUGCCUAAGCCCUGGCUUGCCACCCACGUACGGGGCUGGGUGGUUAUUGUGGCGGCCACAGGCCCAGACUAAUCCACCCGCAUUCCUGAUGGGUUGGCUAAAGGCUUCUCCCAGGGUUAGCUCAUUAAACCAGCCCUGGGGAGUGGGUCUGGGAUGAGUGGGGAAGAGACCCUUAAAGACCCUGUGGGCAGGGGAGCAGGGUGGAGCAUUGAGGAUUGGGGAUAUGGGAAUCAGGACUCCUGGGUUGUGUCCCCACCACAGGAAUGGGAGUGAUGUCUUGUCGUUGGAACAGCAGGGCUUGGGAGGCAGGUUCUGUCCCGACUCAGGGAGGGGAGUGUUGGCAGCUAGAUAGUGGGCCCUAUGUGAGGCAGUGUGGGUACGCCUGGCUGUGAGCAUUGGGUGUGGUUGUACAUGAGGAAGGUGUCUGAAUGCGAGUGGGUACAUGUGUUUAGGGGAGGGGGUUGUCUAUUUGAACAGCUGCCCCAUAAAUGUCGCAGUUUUAGGUUGCAAUUCCCCCUGUCCCCUUCCCUCCUCCUGGGACUCCACAGAUCCCAACCUCCUAGGACCCCCCAGACCCUGUUGAUCCCCUCCCCCACUGGGGUCACAUUGACUGACACACACACACACACUCACUCACUCACUCACUGUGGCCCCUUGGAUUCUGGCAGGUCCCUUCAUGCUCCGAGGCUGCCCCGGCUGCCAGCUGCCUGAGGGGAAGUACCGUUGUAUUUAUGAUGUGAUUUACAGCACCCCAGAGUGGCAGCUGGGAGGCGAGGGCUGUAGCCACCUGACUUAGCCAAGGGUCUGGGGACUGGAGCAGCUGGGAGCCAGGAUUCUUGGGUUCUAUCCCAGCUCUGGAAGGGCAGUGAGUUCUAGUGGGACAGGGUCAGGGGUGGGAGCUUGGAGUCAGGACACCUGGGUUCUCCCCCCAGCUCUGGGAAGGCAGUGGGGUGUAAUGGGUGUUAGAGCAGGGGGGCUGGGAGUCAGGACACCUUGGUUCUCCCCACAGCUCUGGGAGGGGAGCAAGGUGUAAUGGGUUAGAGUGGGGGACUGUCAGGAUUCCUGGGUUCUCUCCUCAGUUCUGGGAGGGGAGUGGCUUCCUGUGUUCACUUAUUUCCUAGCAUUUCCUUCUCCCUUAAUGGUCUCCAGGACUUGGCUCUUCCUUUUGGCAUCUGGGUCCAGCUUGACCCUCCUCCCGCUCUGGCUCAGGAUUGACAAGGGGAUAACCCUCUGCCCAAUCGUGGUUCAGCUCCUCCCCUGCUACUGGCAUUCCCCUCCCCCCACGUGGGGCUGUGUCCCCGUGGUGUGAUGUCACCAGAGGAAUGACCCAGGUCCUUCCUGGCUCUGUCAAUCAGUGUGGCAGAGACUAGCUGGCAUCAGGAAUCAGGGCUCAGGGGCUCUCCCCAGGGUGGGCACCUGCCAAGCGACUCCCAACAACGAUGUCCUUCUCCAGCACCAAUCUCAAGCUGGAGCGGCUAGAGGAGCAGCAGCCGGAGGACCCCGGCUACCAGCUCAGCCUCCAGAACCAACCUAGGGGCUGUGGGGACAUGGCGGCCCCUUACCCUGACAGUGAUCUCAUUUCCCAAUGGCUGCGCAGGAGUGUGAAGGCCAAGCUGGUGGAGGCCUCUGACUUGGGCGAGUCUUCCCAGGGGGACGGGGAGGUCCAGGCGAAGAGGGGUCUGGAUCCAGAAAGUGCCAAGGACUUUGUCUGGGCUAAGCGGGCCCGGGUAGAGAACAUUGUGUGCAGCAUCAGCAGCUCAUACCGUGAUGGGGGCCUGGAAGAAGGAGGCUCUGGGUAUGGCCGCUCCCGCCGGGCCCAGGAGCGGAGCCAGCUCAAGCAGCAGCUGGAGAAGAUGCGUGAGCAAGUGUUUCAGCUGCAGGAGAAACUGUGCCAGAUCUACAGCGGGGUAGCCCAGGAGGAAAGAAGCAACAUGGGGGCAGCCUGGUCCCAGGAGCCAAGCAGAGUUGGAGCCAGCACUCGGCAUCCUGUGGAAGGGAGUAGGCACCCUGGCACCCUGGCCGAGGCCCUGAAGGAGGAGCUUGGGGCAGCCAUGACCCAGGUGGUAGACACGGUCAUGCAGGUGUUUGCCCGCCAGCAACCCCCACCGGAGGAGCCCCCCUGCAGUUACCCAAGUGACCAGACAGAGGCACUGCCCCUAGUGGUGAGGAAGAGCCUGCCCCGUGCCCCCCCAGAGCUGGUGGCCAGCACCUUCCCCCAGCCCAUGGCUGUGCCCCCAUACCUGGCUGCCUUCAAGGACAGAGCAGCAGGAGAGGCCUACUGGGAGAGUGUGAGCCUGCGCACCAAGCUGUCCUCACGCCACCUGCUGCAGCCGCACUGUGCCCUCUUUCAGCUGGCAGAGCCAACUGACCGGCAGCUCCCCAAGAGCCAGGCCACAGAGACGCACCAUGGCCAGGAGCCAGCACUCUACAGGCCCUCAUCCCAGGAGGGCCUCACCCCUGGGCACCUGAAGAAGGCCAAGCUGAUGUUCUUCUACACUCGCUACCCCAGCUCCGGGACGCUCAAGACCUAUUUCUCCGACGUCAAGUUCAAUCGCUGCAUCACGUCCCAGCUCAUCAAGUGGUUCAGCAACUUCCGGGAGUUCUUCUACAUCCAGAUGGAGAAGUUCUCACGCCAGGCAUUGAGCGAUGGGGUGCUCAGCGUCGAGAUGCUGACUGUCACCCGGGACUCGGAGCUGGCACGUGUCCUCAACCAGCACUACAACAAAGCCAAUGACUACGAGAUCCCCAGCAAGUUCCUGGAGGUCUCCCAGAUCACCCUGCGUGAAUUCUUUAGUGCCAUCUCCCGGGGCUGUGAUGCUGACCCCUCCUGGAAGAAAUCCAUCUACAAGCCCCAAUCCCUGCAGGAAAGAGUGGGAGACACCUAGGACCCGCAAGCUGGGAGCUGCCAUCGCUGCGAGGCUGCUGCUACUCCAUUGGGGCCGGGAGCUGCCCCCAUAGUCUUGGGACAGAGACCACAGGGUAAAUGAGAGCUGUCGGUUUGGUACAGAGCCCUCGUAACGUGCGACUGCUCCUUUAGUCUGUGCCAGCAUGUGGGGCUUGCUGGGCUGGAGGCUCUCCCCCUCCCUGUUGGUGCUCCUGCCUGUAGCUGUGUCUGGUACCUUAAAGCCAAGGGCCAGUGGCUUCCUUGCAACUUGGGCCUUGUGAAAGCCAUGUAGUCCAAGAUGGCCGCUGCGCCAUGGUAACUGGGCCCAACAAGUAUGGCCCAAGAUGGCCGCUGCGCCAUGGUAACAGGGCCUGGUCCGUGUGGUCCAAGAUGGCCACCUGUCCAGGUUUUCCCAGGAUUGUCCCUGCCCUGGGAUGUUUGUCCAGGUGUUCAGUACACCUGCAAGCUGUAUGGUUUUAUGGGCUCAGGAUCAUCCUGGUGUGACAGGCUGAUAACUUCCUGCAAUGUCCUCACUGAACGUUACUGAAUUAAAUUAAAACGUAUUGCAUUUGUUUUAACAUCUUUGCACUCCAUGUACUGAAAACGCGAUGGUGUCUGUGUUACUGCGGAAUUGCAUGUAUUUCCACGGGACAGGUCAAUAGGAGAACAGCAGGAGGUGGUAAAGGAAAUUCACCCAGGCAGCCUGUAACAUCUCUAGAGGAGACACCCCCUGGAGCACUGCGCGUACACGAGAUCAAACUGGAUUCUCGAGGGCACAACAGACAAAGAAAGCGGUUUUGGAUAAAUAGCCUGGUUUUAACCUGACUCAAGGCCUUCUUCCUGAUCCAGCAAACAGCCAGCAUGUGAGUGGAUUCUCGUAUUGUUUUGAAUGUUUUCUCUGUCGUGCUUUUUACUUUAAGAAUAAUGUAGGCCUGCCUAGGAAGUGCUGGGGCGUACCUUAU